AUGGGCAAGCUGAUGCUCUCCAAUACCUCGGCUGCCCCAUCUUCCACAGCUACUUCUACUGUCGCUACAGGCACAAGUGCUGCUGCCACUACCACCACCACGACUACUACCGCCAGUAUAACAGAACCCACGACCUCCGAGGCUGCAUCAGGUGGUUUGGAGCGCUCGGCUUCCAAAUCAUUGGUUGUUGGCGUUAGCACUGGUGUCGGGCUGGGUGUGUGUCUCGUAACAUUAAUAGGAGCCCUAUGGUUGCAAAGACGAAGGUACCAGCGAAGACUAAAAGAGAAUCAACACUUCGAAGUCAAGGGCAUACAGAGCGGUCGAAUGCGUGCUCCUCCUGCUGCCGCAUCCGCGGCAGAGCUUCCCUUGAACCAAGCUCCGACAGUGUUCGAGAUGGGGACGGGACGUUAA